CUGAGCUUCCGACAGAAAGGAUCAAUGAUGGAAUUACAGACCCUCCAAGAGGCCCUGAAAGCGGAAAUACAGGUUCAUCAGAAACUAGUGUCCCAGAUGAAGCAGGAUCCACAGAAUGCUGAUUUGAAGAAGCAGCUCCAUGAACGUCAAGCCAAGAUCACAGCGCUGAGUGAGAAGCAGAAGAAGGUGGUGGAGCAGCUGAGGAAAGAGCUGCUGGUGAAACAGGAUCAUCCGGAGGUCCAGGCCCAUCAGCAGCCCCAGCACCCAGUGCAGCCUGAUGGGAAGGCCUCUGCCCUGCCUAACCUCCACACCCCACCCUCCCUGCCCUCGCCUGACAAACUGAGCACGCCACAGAACACGAUGACGAUCACCCCGGUCAUCGCCACUAAGACUCUACCUCUGGUACUGAAAGCUGCCACCGCUACCAUGCCUGCUUCCGCCGUGACGCCGCGACCCUCCGUCGCCAAGGUCACAGCCAUCAGCAACACGCCCAAGGCCAGCAUAGGUCACCCUGACUCACUGAGUGCACCUAUCAACCUUCAGACAUCCAGCAAGUUGACCCAUCAGGGAAUGGAGCCGGUUCGGAUAGUCUCCAAGAACACUAUUGUUGUGCAGGCCACUGCCCAGCCUAUCAAAGUUCCUCAGUUUAUCCCUCCGCCUAGACUGACGCCUCGACCUACCUUUCUAACGCAGGUCCGACCUAAACCAGCCACGCCUACGCCCACUUCCACGGUACCCAUUGCCCCUGCGCCCCCUCCUCCCAUGCUGGCUGCCCCUCAACUCCUCCAGCGGCCUGUCAUGUUGACCACCAAGCUGACCUCCACCUCACUGGCCUCCACCACCGGGCCCAUCCACCAGGUACGCAUUGUAAACGGCCAGCCCUGCGCCAGCAUCACCAAGACCCUGCCAUCUGCCCAGCUGACUGGCAUCGUCAUCACCUCGCCAGCCACCAUUAUGGCCACCCUGGCAACUCAUCAGACCCUUCAGAUCAGAAGCCUCAGCCCUGACACCAAGACUGUUAAAGCUCGGGGUGUUACAGAGCCGAAGACAUCGGUCAGUGCGCCCUCCUCCCCUUCACACACCGCUAGAAGCACCCCUCCACCCCUGCUGAGGAACAAGAGAGAGGACAACCCCCAGAAACGUGCUUUCAUGGUGUCCUUGGGACUGGUUACAUAUGACCAUCUGGAAGAGAUCCAGAGUCGGAGGCAGGAGCGCAAGAGGAGAACAACAGCAAACCCAGUAUACAGUGGAGCAGUGUUUGAGCCUGAGCGUAAGAAGAACGGCGUCACAUACCUGAACACUCCUCUACACCAAGGCACCAGGAAGAGAGGUCGCCCACCCAAAUACAGCAGUGUUCCUGAGCUGGGUCUUCACACCCCAACAUCCCCCACCAGCAGUCAUUCCGCCUCCCCGGCCCACCACCGGCCAGAGAGGGGGGGCUCUCACUUCCCCGUCCACCCCCACACCCUCCCUCUGCCUAGACCCAGCUCCGGGGAUGGAGACAUCCAUGAGGACUUCUGCACUGUGUGCAGGCGCAGUGGUCAGUUGCUCAUGUGUGACACAUGUGCACGUGUUUACCAUCUGGACUGCCUCGCUCCACCCUUGAAAACCAUUCCCAGGGGCAUGUGGAUCUGCCCCAAAUGUCACGACCAGAUUUUGAUGAAAGAUGAGGCAAUCCCAUGGCCUGGAACCCUCGCUAUUGUUCAUUCCUACAUUGCAUAUAAAGCAGCUAAAGAGGAGGAGAAGCAGAAACUGGUGAAGUGGAGCUUGGAACUGAAGCAGGACAGAGAACAGCUAGAACAAAGGGUCAAACAGCUGAGCCAAUCCAUAACGAAAUGCAUGGAGAACAAGAACACUAUCCUGGCCCGUCAGAGGGACAUGCACAACUCCCUGGAGAAGGUCAAGGGCCUGGUGCGUCUCAUUCAGGGCAUCAACUUCUGCCCAUCCCCUGAGGCCUCACCGCCAGCGCUCCAGACCAGCAUGACAAAUGGAGGAGCAGACUGUGCCAGUGCUGACCACACGGACGACACAAGUCCUGAGGAGCACAAGAACAUGACUAACAAUAGCAGCGACGACCUGAACAACAACGCGGACGGGGCGACCGAGGAGGAAGAGAAGAAAGAGGAAGUUAAAGAGAUUGACAACCUCAACAGCAGCAGCCUUGGCAAAACCUUUGAGCCUCCCCAGACUAUAGCACCGGCCCUUGUGGAUAUAGCAGAGGGGGUCAAAUAA